AUGUUGAAUAUCCACAUGGAUGUGAUCAAGAUUCCGGGAGUGAACCUUUACCAAGCAAAAGACCAGCCAAAUAAAGGUAAAGGUAAACCAAAGGACGAUAAGAAAAAGGCGGCAUGUUAUGUAUGUGGCAAAGAGGACCAUAUGUCUCCAAAAUGCCCAGACAGACUGCUACCAGAGAGUCAAUGGAAGCAUCCGAAACGCUAUGUUGAUUACGGGAAGAAGCUAAAUCUUAAUCAGAUUGGAGCAACUGUCCCAGCUACAGUUCCUGGACCUUCUCCAGCGACAAGUGUGAUCACUGGUGGAACAUUGAGUGUUGCGGGAAGUGUUAACACACCUUUGCGACCUGCUGGUACUACAGGUAAUCAAAUGAUCCAAGUUCCUACAGGUAAUCAAAUGAUGCAAGUUCCUUCGGGAAUGCAGCUCAUGCAGAUUCCAACUCAAGGUGGCGGCACUGUUACUGUCCCUUAUUCUAUGAAUGCUAACGGUGAGAUUGCGUUCAGUGGAAUGCAACUCAGCCAACAAGGCUUCAGUGGUGCUCAAGUGCGCCAAAGAUUAGAUGCAACUCAAGCUCGAACUCCGCAAGUUGUGAAGACUGGCUAUUUUGAUACGUCAAAUGUCUUCCACGAUGCUAUCAAGGGAAAGGAUGAGAAUGGCAAUGAUGUCUAUCUUAUUCCAUGUCCUACUAGAACGACUAACGUCGAACUUCAAUCCGACUGGCAUUACGCUAGUGAAAGUGAAGACUUGCCUGAUCUUGCUACUGAAGCAGAUCGAGGUAUGCAGUUUAUUCAAAGCCGCAGAGUGGAAAGAGAUCCGUUUGGUUUGCUCGAUCACGUCAUCAUGGACAGAGGUUGCACCAACACCACCAUUUGUAAUGGUGAACUCAUGCCUGGACUACGUCAAGCUGAGAAAGAGCUCGAUAUGCACACUAACAUGGGCAGCAGAGUUUCUAGGAAGAUUUCCGCCUCCAGUCUAUUAUAA